CAGUCCUCCUCCUCCUCCCCUCUCUCCCUCUCCUCCACAACAAUUCUUGGCUUCCUCUCCCUUCCCUAGCAUUGCUCUGACUGGUUCAGCAGGUUAAUCGAUCGAAAGCCUGGACCACCACCUGUUCUUGUUCUUCUCAACAGCUAGCUCUUGUAGGCGCUCAUUAGUUAAUCUGGGUCUUAGUCAUAGCUUAAUCGAGCUAUAGAUAGGCUCUGAAGCCGUCUGUACUGAUAAUGAUCUUGGGCUCCUGCUACUGCAUCGAAUUCGUCAGCCCGCUGGGUCUCCACACCAGGAAGAGUUUCUAUUUCUGGAUCUUCCACAUCUUCAACAGAUACAGCUUCCUCCUUGUUCAUUGACGCUUGCUAGUGCUUCAUUUCUCGCUCUACCACCUAGACGCACAAGUGCUCUUCUGCCUCAACUAUUUACUUGGCAGUUGGCAUCAUCACAGCUAGCUAGUACUAUUCUGUUCCAUCGGUAGCGUUUGCUUCUUCCUGAAUAGCUUGCAAGUGUAUAUUCAUAUUAAUUACUCUCAUCUCCGCCGGCCACUCCAAUCAAUAUAAUGGGCACCAUGACCCUGCCGCCCGGGUUCCGGUUCCACCCCACCGACGACGAGCUCGUCGGCUACUACCUCAAGCGCAAGGUCGACAACCUCAAGAUCGAGCUCGAGGUCAUCCCCGUCAUCGACCUCUACAAGUCCGAGCCGUGGGAACUGCCAGAGAAGUCGUUCCUGCCGAAGCGCGACCUGGAGUGGUUCUUCUUCUGCCCGCGCGACCGCAAGUACCCCAACGGGUCGCGCACCAACCGCGCCACCGCCACCGGCUACUGGAAGGCCACCGGAAAGGACCGCCGCAUCGCCUGCGACGGCGGCGGCGUCUACGGCCUCCGCAAGACUCUCGUCUUCUACCGCGGCCGCGCCCCCGGCGGCGAGCGCACCGACUGGGUCAUGCACGAGUACCGCCUCUGCCAGGACCUCGCGCACGGCGCCUGCAACUUCAUCGGGGCUUACGCGCUGUGCCGCGUGAUCAAAAGACACGAGGCCGGGCUGCUGCAGGGCGAGCCGGCGGCCAGGGCGAAAGGGGCCAGCAACGCGAGAGGGCAGAUGAGCAAGGUCUCCAGCACCUCGUCCCUCGUCAGCAGCGAGCAGCAGCUCAGCGCGCUCACGACCACCAAUUCCAGCCCGCCGCCGCCUCCUCCUACUCUGGACAUGAGCAGCAGGGGAAUGUGCGCCAUGGCUGCUGAAUCCGGCAGCACGUUCCAGAGUCCACUCGCGUACGGCGGAGACGCGACGGCGACGGCCACCACCGCCGGGCUGCCGUCGAGCCCGCUGCCCCCGCCCCUGUUCGUGCCCGGCGGCCACUCGCCCCCGCACGGCACGUUCUUCGUCGGCGCCGACCUCCCCGCCGAGUCGCCCUCGCACGCGCCACCGCCGCUCUUCGGCGGCGGCGACAUGGGGAUGCUCGGCGCCGCGGACCACGAGCUCCUGAGAUGGGACAGCUUCGCCUACCCGAGCACGUUCUCGAAUGGUGCCGAGAUGUGGAACGCGGCGGCGAGCCCGAUGCUGUGCAGGCAGGCGAGCGACGGCGGCGUCGACGACCUGGCGUUGCUCAUCUUCUCGGAGGACAGCAGGAUCGUGUUCUGAUCUCGAGAGGAAUGACGAGGCAGCGAUGCUCCUGAACCUGAAGGCGGCGUGCUUGGCUCUGGGAAAUAAGCUAGGCUUUUCGUUCGGUGACCGUCCCUGCUUCGGUGCUUCCUGCUCCUAGAAAUGGCGGUAUAUUUUUCAGCCACGGUACGGGGGAGCUAGCGUCUGUAUACAUAUACGUAUUAGUGUAUACACGUGUUUAAUUUUAUACAGGAUAUGAUCUGGGCCUUUUAUGAGUUGGUAAAGAUACUAAGAUAAAAGGCAAGGCUGUUGGGUAUUACUAGCUACAGAGUGAUGGCACCAUUUUAGUAGUCUUCUCCUCUGUAGCAGGGUCGUGUAGUGUACCGUCUCACCUUUUUUUUUAUUUACUUUUUCUAAUCUGCAUGUCGUCUUCUUCAUAGUCUGUGCCCUCCUGUGCUGGUCCUGUACUGUGUACGGUCGAGCUAGUACACAAUGCAAUGCCAAUAUAUAUUGCAGCGCUUUGUAGCCUUGUUUGCAAUGUUGUAUUACAAACCUGAAACCUUUGGUAUAUAUAUAUUAAAAUUCUGCUGCA